AUGACUUCGAAUAUCGUUGUGGUGGAUACCAGUGCUCGACGGGCAAUAAUCAAGACGACGCCUGAUAAAUAUUUGAUUGAUAUACUUCGUGAAGCUUGUAAGAAAUUUGGUCGCGACGCCGAUUCGUAUGAGCUAAGGCACAACGGCAAGCUCAUCGACUUGUCACGCAACGUUCGGCUGGCUGGCCUCACAUCUGGGGCCAAACUUGAGCUUGUCCUCUCUUCACGAUCGCCUUCUGCCGUCUCCAUCGCUAUUCAACUUCCUGAACCGGAUCAUCACGGGCAUACCCGGCUUACGGACAAGUUUUCAAGCAAUACCACUCUUUGGAAGGUUCUGCGGAGAUUUGAGUCUGAAGAUGGCGCCAGGCGAAAUUUCACUGGUCGAGGCCAGCCUGUCCUGAAUGGCGAAGAGGUCGGGGCCGGCAGGCUUUUCUUUGAGACACCUGUGGUACAGAUCCUGGGACGCGAGCUAUCUUCCUUUACAGACCUGCAAAAGAACCUUGCACAAUUAGGUCUUAACUCUGGGAGCGCUCUUCUUCGUCUGAGCUUCAGAACAACUGAGACGCCUCUUGAGGAUGCAAUGAAGCAGAUAACCCAAUAUUUUUCGGAAAUUGACGGCUCUAGUAGAAGGACUACACCUACAGGCCUUCCGGCUACAUCAAGACCAGUAUCUGAGACCGAACAGCUGAGCGUCUCACUACCUAAAAUAGCAGGUGCGCCCCAACCAUUGGAACCAAGCCUUCCUUUUUCAAAUUCGCCACCAGAGCCCAUACUGGCACCACAACCAUCUUCAACUUCAAGCGACCCUCCAGUACCGUCCGCUCUAUCACCAGAUAUCACGUCGGAUCGCCCCAUCACCAUUUUUGCUCCACCCUCCGCUGGUACGCCCAAGGCUGCCAAAGAAAGUUUCAACGAGAAAGAUUUCGUGCCCACGAUCCAGCACGCGAAAUUGCAUCAAUCAAGGCUACAAGCCGCCUCGACUAACAAAAAGCUCUUGUCCGAUGCAGAGCUUAAUGCUAAAGAAAAGGCUCGAGAGCAAAGAAGAGACAAUAUCAAAGAGAUUGAAAUAAAAGUCCGCUUUCCCGACCAGAUGCAGAUUGUUUCGAGAUUCACAGAUGCCGAAACUGCAGAUGAUCUCUAUACGUUUGUUAGGAAUUCAAUGGAAAGAGAGGGUGAGCCAAUCACCCUACGCUUCAGCUCGUCAAGUGGGCUAAGAAGUAUACUCUCUGGUCAGCGAGGCAGCGCUAAACUCAUCGGGGAUCUGGGAAUGACGGGGCGUGUGCUGGUAAAUGUGCUGUGGGAUGAAGGAGCUAGUCUCGAGGCUAGAGCGGCGCCCGUGCUGAAGGAAGAUUAUCGCGAGAAAGCGCAAGAGAUUGAAGUGCAGAGGAUAGAGGGAAGUGUCGAAGAAGAAGGUUCACAGCCUGCUGAGAAACCUUCAGGUCAAGAGGAAAAAGGGCCCAAAAAGGGCUUGCCAAAAUGGCUUAAGUUGCCGGGGAAAAAAUGA